UCGUAACACGACUUUGAAGACAGCGCGCAGUACUUUCAAAAUGAUCAUUAGCUAAUUGACACGAUUAGUUCAUUCAAAUUGUAAAUAAUAUGCCAACGGGCAGAGUGUUAUAGGCAACCCGAACGAUAUUUUAAAUAAUGCGAAACCGAUCUCCGAGGGUUAAAUCGAACGAAUAAUAGUAGUGCGUUAAAUAUUCCUAGUUUUACUGCCGUCUGUUGACUUUAAAUAUCGCAAACAUGUGUGAGUGCAAAUUAAUGUUAUUUUGUGCGGUUGUGUUGUACAAUGUGAUCCUGGUGACUCCUUUUAAUAUCGAUAAAUUCAAUUAUGCUGCUUACAAGAGCGACGGCGGGUCUAUGUUUGGGUUCACCGUUGCGGUGCAUAAGGACGGGGGGAACAGAGGAUGGGUCCUAGUCGGAGCUCCUGAAGCACGAUCUUCGUAUCAUGAUCCGAGAUUCAGAGGAGGGGCCGUCUACAGGUGUCGAACUGACGCUGACGACGUUUGUCAAGAAAUUCCAUUUAGCAGAGAAAGUUACAAUAGAUUCGGAAACAAGGUUCUAGACGACAAAUCUCAACAAUGGUUCGGAGCAACUCUAAGUGCUUCACCUCACACAAACGGAAGAAUAGUGGCUUGUGCUCCAAGGUACGUGUGGUACACGAAGUACUUGAACAGGAAAGACCCAGUUGGUACCUGCUUUGUGGCUGACGGCAAUUUCCAAAAUGCUGAAGAAUAUUCCCCAUGUCGGACAAUGAACUGGGGUUACCAUCGGCAGGGGUUCUGUCAAGCUGGAUUCAGCGCGGCGAUAAGCGGAAGCGGAGACCGUCUGUAUGUUGGAGCACCAGGAAGUUACUUCUGGCAAGGACAAUUGUAUUCCAUAGACGCUCACGCCAGAUUUAAUUUUACCCCUGGAAUUUAUGGAUAUAGGGGAUACGGCGCCAAAGGAUCCGUUUACCAACAGAGUCUGGAGACCAGGGAAGCUGUGUUCUCGACCAGAGAAGGCGACCAUGUAGAUUACGACACCUAUAUGGGUUAUUCCAUGGUCGUUGGCGACUUCCUAGAUGGGGAAGAGUACGAGGGUAUUGCAGUCGGUAUGCCCAAAGGGAACAAUCUAAAAGGCAAGGUUUUGCUGUAUUCCUGGGAUUUAAAGAAUUACAAAAAUUUAACGGCAAGCAAACAGAUAGGCUCUUACUUCGGUUACUCGAUAACGGCAGCGGACGUCAAUGGAGACAAGAGACUGGACAUCAUCGUAGGCGCCCCCAUGCAUACGGAGGCCAAUAACGAUAACAAAUACGACGUUGGGAGGGUCUACGUUUUCCAUCAGAGCAGCGAUCCCGAUAGCUUCGCCAAGUACUCUUUCAUCGACGGCACUACUUCAAAGUCACGGUUUGGCCACGCUGUGUCUUCUUUGGGUGACCUUAACCAAGACGGAUGCGAUGAUUUUGCAGUCGGUGCACCUUACGCUGGUUCCGAUGGGCGCGGAGCUGUUUACAUAUACUACGGCUCUAAGCAAGGCAUACGCAAAAAGUCGGAACAAGUUAUAUACGCCAAAGACAUAGAAACUAACAUUCCCUUACAAACUUUCGGGUUUUCGAUAUCAGGCGGCAUGGACUUGGACGGCAACGACUAUCCCGAUAUGGCGGUGGGCGCUUAUCUUUCCGAUACAGCAUUUUUCUUCAGGUCUCAGCCUGUGGUGAUCGUCGAUGCGUACGUGCAGUACCGAACCGCCAAAAAGCAAAUAGACAUAAAGGAAACGAACUGUCACAUGCCGGACGGUUUGGAAGCGAUAUGUAUCGAUGUCGAUUUCUGUAUGAAAUACACUGGGAAAGGGAUUCCUCAAGAAUUAUAUUUCAAUGUAGAGUACUUUCUGGACGGCAAGAAGCCAAAUACGUCGAGGAUGGGCUUUUUCACGCGCAAAACCCACCAGUUUGUCGACACCCUCCUGUUAUACAAGGACAGACAGAACUGCAAAAUGGAAAAAAUAUACAUAAAAAGCGACAUGAGAGACAAGCUGACGCCGCUAGAAGCCGAAAUGAAAUAUUCCUUAAUAGACGAGUCGAGCUUCUCGGGGAAGAUCAGAGAUCCCGGGUCCCACUUAAGACCUGCUCUAGACUUAAAUUCUCCACCGAGCAGGAAGGACUCUAUUACCGUCCAGAAGAACUGCGGACCGGACAAUAUAUGCAUACCCGACUUGGACGUCAGUAUCGAAUCCAACGUCAAGAAAUACCUAUCGGGUUCAGGAACCAACCUGGAGUUCGACGUAAUCGUUUCGAACUUGGGGGAGGACGCUUUCGAGACUAUGCUCGGGAUGAGGUACUCGAAAGAUAUCAAUUUCAACAAGGUAGUAGUCAAAUCGAACAUGCCGGGAAUCUUAUGCAGUCCUGUGAACGCCACGUUUUUGUCGUGCGACAUUGGCAAUCCUCUUCCGGGGAAAAAAAUUGCAAUGUUUAAAAUAGUCCUGCAACCGCCCACCAAGGAAGACGUUGUGCCACCGAGUUACGAGUUUGACGUGUUCGUGAACAGCACGAAUCCCGAACAGGGCUCAACGAUGGCGAAUAACCAAAAACAUAUCUCCAUCGACAUUUGGAUAGAUGCUUCGCUUGAAAUGAGGGGCGAUUCAUAUCCCCCAACCGUGUACUACAAUCAGUCCUUCGACACUUCCGGUGAGAUAAUCAGAGAGAACGACAUCGGUCCUCAGGUAACCCACGUGUACUACGUAAGGAAUAGCGGACCGGCGACUAUACAAGAGGCGGAAGUGUUUAUAUUAUGGCCGUUACGGACUCUAGGAGGGGAGGACUUGCUGUAUCUACUUGAUGAGCCGCACACUAAAGGGAACGUGAAAUGCGAUCCCGGCAUGGCGAACUACAAAAGUUAUCUCGUGAAUUACCACGUAGACUCCAUAUGGGACAGACUGAGAAUCGACACUUCGAGCGUCGAAGACACGAUAGUCGCGGGAAAACUAGCGGGUUCCGAGACCAUCGAAAAAGGAGCUGGAACUUCCAGCGGCCCCGGGGUAGUCAACAGGAACAACACAGACGAAAAGUUUGAAGGCAAUACGUCUAUAAACUCUUCUUCGGUUACCGAACAUCACAAUGCAAGCAGUAACAUUAACUCGUUCGGUACCGUGAAUGCCAACGGAGAAUUUGUUCAUACGGAAGCAAGAUCGUACACCGUUUGGAGAAACGGAGAACCGCACACGACUUGGCAAAACGUUACUACGAUUAGAGACGCCAACGGAAAGAUUCUGAAAACCUUUACAAAUCCUUCUUCGGUUACCGAAUCACAUAACAAUGCAAGCAGUAACGUUAAUUCAUUCGGUACCAUGAACGCCAACGGAGAAUUUGUUCAUACCGAAGCAAGAUCGUAUACCGUUUGGAGGAACGGAGAACCGCACACGACGUGGGAAAACGUUACUACGAUUAGAGACGCCAAAGGGAAGAUUCUGAAAACCUUGCAUUCGAACGAUAAUACCGGUCAGUCCUCUGGCGGCAGCUUCACCCAAGGAAGUUUCGGUACCACUGGCGAUAGGCAUUCCGUCGAUCGAGGCAGUUCCGGUAUUGCCUGGCAGACGACGAGCCAGGAGGAACAAGCCCGUGCCGAACAACAGAGGAGAAUCCUGGAACAGGAACGGCUGAGCCGAGAACAAAAACGAAGGGAAGAGUACGAAAGGAAGAAGCAAGAAGAAGCCUGGCAAGUGAGACAACUCGAAGAACGAAGGUUGCAGGAAGAGGCGCGAAGAAAGCAACAGAGCGGUUACGGCCAGGGAGGGAUCACGUACAACGAAGAUAAUCAUCGUCAAGCUGCGGGAUGGGAUCGGUCGUCCACCGGUCAGGUCUUUGAGACGGAAGAGGAGAGGAGGAGGUUUUACGAGGAGGAAAGGAGAAGGCAAGAGGCGAGUCGUCGGCAGGGCGGCGUUCAGGAAAGUAAGUACAUUAAGGAGUACGCUUACCAAGUCGGAGGAGGCUCCCGUGAAGGUGGUGCGCACGGCCGAGGCCAAAUCGAACAACAUUUUGUCAACCGUGGAAGGUUAUCGGGAGGAGGCCGACACCACGUCCUUACUGGAUACUACGAUGAAAAUGGCCUAUACCACAACUACUCCGGAAAUCCUCAAGGUGAAGUGGUGUUCAACAGAACGUACACCGUAGAAACGACAGAUACCAUCCCUAUCGACCUAUCGGGAGGACAGAGCGGCCAACACCUAGACUUUGGCGAAACCGCAUUAGGUAGCGGAUUUACCGUCCAGACCCUAGAUCUAGGCAACUCGGCUAGCGAAUCGUCACUGUCGGGUGGAUACGGCGCUGGUUCGGAAACUUCUGGGUCCUCAGGCGGAUUUCGGGAACAACUGUAUGGACAGCAUCAAGGAUCACACCAAAGCGGGUCGUCUUCGUCCUCAGGCGGGAGCUACAGUCAAGACUGGCAGGUGGAAGGCGGUUUCUCGCAGAGGGGCCAAAUACCACCGACUAUCGUUCACAACACUGUGGAAAGAGACAACGUACCGACCGACAGGCCGAACCCUAAAAGCAGGUCUAGGGGUAAAAGGGAAUUGGAUCCCUACGAAGAGAUUCAGGCGCUGGUAAAAUGUAACGCCACCAGGUGUAACUACAUCAGAUGCGUCGUGGGAACUUUAACUAAGGACAAGGAGGUGGCCAUUGCGUUAAGGUCCAGGCUGAACCUCAGAGAAGUGAAUAAUAUAACCUCCAGCCAAGCCAUCCAAAUAUCCUCGAUGAUAGUUGGGAAAAUCAGCAAGCUGAAUAUGCGGAGUCAGGACGGGCAGCUUCUGAAGGAGCACGAAGUUUUCACCGAGGUGCCAGCGAAAGGACCCGAGCUGGUUCCUGAAGUGGCGCCCCUUUGGAUAUACGUGGUAUCCGCCGUUGCCGGCGUAGUUAUGCUGCUUCUUUUGAUAUGGAUUCUUAGUAAGUGUGGUUUCUUCAAGAGAAACAGACCGUCUUCGGCGGCGGAACGUCAACCCCUGAACCGCAACGGAUACCACAGCGGAGACGAGGCGCUCUAAGAAUUUUGAGCGUAUCGCAACCGGUAGCAAGAUAACUGCCUUAACACAAGACUCGAUUUUUUAAAUUUAUUUUUAUUGCGUGCAUGUGUUUAGUAAAUAUUAUUUAAAUUGCCAUAACAGAAGAAAAGUAACAUCUAACACGUCAUUUUAACUGGGAGGUCGAGAGAUUUACUACUUUGCCUGAUAACACUCUGCCACGAGAUUUAUAUUUGUAGAAAGUAACGUGAGACCGCAUCAAGAAGCGACUCAUUUUGUUCAGAGAAAUGCAUUCGUCGCCACCGCAGCUGGAAGAAACGGAUUAAAGCGAGGUUGAUUAGUAAAUUUCAAAUAAUGGUUCCAUUAUAGAUUUUGUAGGUCUCGUUGUAUAUUAUUAUUUAUUUGAAAGGAACGCGUUUACCUUUUUAGUUAUUGUUAAAAAACGUAAGUCUGUACUUAUGGAUGUUUUCAGAUUGUAUAAAGUGAUUUGUAAUAUUUUUGUUGAGAAAUUAUUGUCAUUGUUAUUAAACCGUUAAUUGUAACAAAACUGUGAAUAAAUUAAUU